GCUUUACUACUUCCGCCGCCCUUCCAGGGCCGUCGUACCUCGUUUAAUCAUGGCGGUCUGCUACAAAUUUCGCCCCAUGCUUCUACGCGGGGCGCUGCGAGGACCCUCUGCUGCCAUUGUAGGUCGAAGGGCCGUUUGUGACACCGCUCCGGAAACCACAAAAGCGGGAAUAGAAGAGUCCACGGAAGAAUAUACAUUUGUGGAGCGUCUCAUCCCGCCGACACGGGUCCCCUCUCCGCCCAAGCACGCAGGGCCAACCCCGUCAGGCUGGAUUCCUCCGGCAGAGUUACCACCGUCUCUUCCUUACAUGAUUCGCCGCUCCCGCAUGCACAACAUACCGGUCUACACGGACCUGACCCACGGUAACCGCAAGAUGACAUUGGUCCGCAAGGUCGAGGGAGACAUCUGGGCUUUGGAGAAAGACGUCAAACAGUACUUGAAGGACGUGACUGGGAAAGACCUGCCCACUCAGGUCAAUGAGGUGACGAUGACCCUGAAGGUGAAGGGUCAUUUUGAUAAGGAGCUGAAGGAUUGGUUGACUACUAAAGGCUUCUAAAGGAGCUUGGAGGACUGUCAUCACCACCAGACACUUGUUGAACUCUUAACACCAAACCUGCUGAGUGGAGUCUGUGGACUUUAUCAACUGUGUCUACAUUUAAAUAUAACAUGUGCUUUGUUAAAUAAAGCCCAGCCCACUAGCAA